AUGCCAGAGGAAUACAGCUUGGCUCUUGUUUGUCUAGAGUUAUUGUUGAUCAAUAUUCAACUUCAACGGAUCAAAGAGCUCCGCGACUGUCUCUCGAGUUCCAAACGAUUUUCUGGAGAUUACAAGAUUUUUGAUUCAGGCAAUAUUGUCAGCGCUAAAUUGAAUCUUGUCAAAUUUCCCACAGGCAAAGCAAUGUUCUAUGGUGAUCUUCUUCACUGGUGUUUAGUUCAGGUGAUGGCAGAUCCCGAAGAUUCAAAUAGAUAUGACGCUCCGAUGUUGCUUGAAUUCUUGACAGAUUGGCUAAAUAAGAAUACGACAACAGCAGAGGACAAACAACGACUUGAGCCACAGAUUCUCAAAAAUUGA